AUGAGAACAACCCGCACAGGAACCGCCUCCGUCUUGGACACAACUCUUACACGUCUCAUUGACGAUGUUAUAGAGAAUGGGUCGAGCUUUCUUGCAGACGACGAGCACUUGCAGCAUUAUAAACACCACUUAAGCCAUCUUGAGACAGCAUCAAAGAUAGCUCUGCUUCGAGAAUGUCUAUGCGUACGACCGCCUUUGCCACCUCUGCCAGAGGAUCUACUUCACGAUAUCGACACCAUUCUCACACGGCAUCAUCAGCACAAGAUACUCACUCCAGUCUCCUCGCUCUCGCCUUCGCGUUUGAUAGAACAUAGCGAUCAUGGGUCAACGAGAAUUCAUCUUUGGAGAGGCGAUAUCACGACCUUGACUGGCGUCACAGCUAUUACCAACGCCGCCAACAGCCAGGGCCUGGGAUGUUUUCAACCAACUCAUCGAUGCAUUGAUAACAUCAUACAUGCUGAAGCAGGACCGCGGCUACGUGAAGAGUGCUUCCAGCGGAUGCAAGUCAGAGGAAAAGAACUUGAGCCUGGAGAAGUACUUGUCACUGAAGGCCAUGCGCUCUUUGCUUCGUCAGUAAUGCAUACCGUCGGACCACAGCUCAAGAGGGGUGCUUCACCUACUGAGGCUGAGAGGAAGCAACUGGCGAAAUGCUAUGAGUCGAUUCUUGAAGCGCUGGAGAUUUUGCCGUACGAGGAGGACGGUAGCAAGUCAGUCGCUUUUUGUUGCAUCUCGACCGGUUUGUUUGCAUUUCCAGCAGAAGAGGCAGCUGAGAUUGCAGUGUCAACCGUCAUAUAUUGGCUUCAGAAACAUCCGUCAACGACAAUUACAGACGUUGUCUUCAACACGUUCACCGAAUCAGACACUGAGAUCUACUCGAAACUUCUUGGGCCAUCCUCAGCGAAAACACUGUCACUUACCGAGAGCCUGCCACAAAGCUCUCUUGACUUAGCGCGCGACUGGCUCGCCUCAGCAGAUGCUGUCCUCGUCACAGUCGGCGCAGGUCUAUCAGCUGCAGAAGGCUUGGACUACCACUCUCGAGACCUCUUCAAGAAGAACUUCCCGGGCUGUCUCAAGCUCGGUUUGACGUCACUGUACAGUGUCUUUGGCUUCAACGACUGGCCUUCAGAGGAGCAUCGCUGGGGCUAUUUCUUCACUCAUUUGAACAUGGUGGCCAGCUGGUCAAAUACGCCAACUUACCAGACUUUGAUCCCAUGGCUGAGGAAGUUUGGGCAAGAUGCAUUUGUGCGCACUUCAAACGCCGACGGACUAUUCCUCGCAAAUGGCUGGCCAAAGGAGCAACUUUCUACACCGCAGGGCUCGUAUGGGUACUUGCAGUGUUUGAAUAACUGUAGAGUUGACGCUGUUGUGCCAUCGGCUCCUCUUGUAGUUGAUGCAAUGCCUCACAUUGACAAGACGCAAAAACUGUUAGACUCGAGCAAGAUUCCGACGUGCAGGUUCUGCGGUUCGAAAAUGAGUAUUUGUGUCCGAGCAGGCUCCUGGUUUAAUCAGACGCCUUUCCAAAAAGGCGAAGCUCAGUGGAAAGCUUGGAAGUCUCGGGUUCUACUAGAAAAGAAGAAUGUGGUGAUUCUGGAACUUGGUGUCGGAAUGAAUACUCCAGGUGUUUUGCGAUGGCCGAAUGAAGAUUUGGUGAUGCGAAGUAAAGGACAAGUCAAGCUGAUUCGCAUUGGCAUGGGCCCUGAAGCGAUGGUGCCAUGGGACCAGGAAGAUGAAGGCCUGAGCACUUGUAUUCAGGGCGACAUCGGGCGCGCGAUUCCUCUGUUACUAGAAUGA